AUGAUGAGACCCCCGGUCAGAGGUCUGGGCUGCUGCUGGUCCCUCCUGCUGCUGUGGGUACGCUCCUGUGCGCUGGAGGAUGUCACCCCGAACCCCAGGAGCGAGGGCUGUGACAGCGGAGGGUCGUGUGCUGAAGAACUCACAGAGCAGCCUUCCUGUCAGCCAGGUUUUUACUGUCCGGGGGGCAGCUCGGGCCCGGUCCCCUGUCCCAAGGGCACGUACGGGCGGACGGCGGGCGCCAGGACAGCGGAGAGCUGUGAGAGGUGCCCCCCCCACCACUUCAGCCCCCAGCCGGGGAUGUCAGCCUGCCUGCCCUGCGGCGCCUGGGCACAGCAGCCACGGGAGGGCCAGGACACCUGCGUGUGCCCCGGGCAGGGGCAGACCUUCCAGGCCAGCGACGGGCAGUGCCCAUGCGCCCUGGGGUACCGUCCGGCAGGAGAGGGCUCGGGCCUGUGCGUGCCCCGGGUGUACGAGAUCUGCAGGGAGGGCACGGCCCGCACGCAGGAGGGGGCCUGUCUGGACAGGGACCAGUGGGCGCGGCACUGCUCCCAGCAGGUGUGCCCCUCCCCUGCGGACUACCAGGGCUAUGACAAGAGGCUGGGGCUGUGCCUGUGUCGAGCCCCCGACGAGAGCGCUGUGUGUGACCGGCCCUGCAGGAGGCGGCAGAGACAAGCCUUGCAGCUGGCCUGCCGGGGGGCGCUGAAGGUUCUCGUCGCCAGCCGCGGCACCCAGUUCCAGGUGAAGGUGUCCGUGAGGGCGUUGGAAGGCGUCCUGGGCAGCUGGGAUUCCUUGCUCGACCUGCGGUGCACUGGGCACCUCAACGACACCCGCCCCGUGUACCUGGUGGAGACGAACGAAGCCGGGUUCCUGGGGGUGCUGAACCCGGACCCCAGUGACCUGCAGGGGCUCCUCUGGAGGAGCAGGCGUGAGUGGAUGGAUGGAAUGGGAUCGGCGGAUACACCAGGAAACAUCACCUCCCACAACGGCACAGCCGGUAACGAGGAGUCUGGCUGGCCAGGAGAGCCCGCAGCUGGGAAACAGAGCAGGAACCACAGCUUCGCUGGGAUCCUGAACCCCAGCGCGUGUCUCAGCCUGGGGGACGUGCUGCUGUUCGCGCUUCAGAAGGAGCACUUCCCCCAGUAUGACAUAGACAACCUGUACAACACCAAUGCCGACUUCGACUGGGGCGCGUUCCGGGCGCUGGGCGAAGACAUGACCCUGUCCCCGGCUCCUCCCGGGCUCUUCUCCCUCGUGCUUCCCGAGCCGGGGGUCUACGUGCUGAGGCUCAGCAGCAACCGGCACAAGAGGAUGUACGUCAAGGUGAUGCCCGUCGGGGGGCAGUGCUACGAGGCCGGGCCCUUCUUCCCCACCAUCCCCCGGCACGUGGUCCGCAUGGGCAUGGCCCGGAGCCGCCCGCUCCUGCUGCGUCCUGAUUGGCUGGCGCUGGCGGGCCUGCUGGCGGGGGCGGUGCUCCUGCUCGGCGUCUGCGUCGCCCUGCUGAUUCUGUUCCGGGAGUAUGGCUGGCCGGAGAAGACGCCCAUCAGCCCCCGGUACCGCCAGCUGCAGCUCAAGUACAGCCUGGACGACUGCUCCUCCAAGGGCUCCACCGCCAUGGCGCUGGUGCAGAAGCUCCACCGCAGCCUGCAGGCCGAGGCGUCAGGGCCCGGGGCCGGCGGCGCCGCUCAGGCAGUGCCCACCCUGACAACAGAUGAGUUCUGGGACUAUGAGCAGCAGGUAGACCUGGAAGCCUUCGAUACUGAUGUGUUCUAUGACAUUCUGAUGAAACACACUGUCUCUGUGACCGCCAGGCUUGGCGAGUUGAAGGAUGAGGUAAAGGAGCUGUAUGGGAAGGUGGUGAGCCGGGCGGAGAUCCUGGGCGCCCUGUGGGUGUCCAGGCUGACCGCAGCGGGCCAAGGGGCCGGGGUCAAGGACGCAGCGAUGGGGCUGUACCAGCGGAAGCGCCAGGAAGUGGAGGGCGAGAGGGCUCGCCGCCGUGGCCUGGCCGCCCAGGCGGUCCACCUGCUGGACAGGCAGCUGCGGACGCUAAGGCAGGAGCUGGGGGCCCGACAGGAGCAGCAGGGGGCCUUCAGGGGCCAGCUAGGGGAGGCCCUGCGCCUGCUGGACCAGCUCUGUGGGAGAGUGUCCGGUCAGCCCGGCCACAUCCAGGACCAGCAGCUCCAGCACAUGGCCCAGAGGGUGACAUCGCUGGUGGUCCAGAUGGCCGAGGGCGUGGUCCAGGAGUGCCAGCGCAGGGGGACCUGGGCUGUGCUGGGCAAGGGCACCGGCGCUCUCCUGUGGGCAGCAGGCAGAGGGGAAGCCCUUAGGAGGGAGGAGCUUGUUGCUCCUGACGGGACCGUGCGGGCGUCUGACGCUGUCCGCCUGGACCCCUGCACGGGCUUGAUUGUGCCCAGUCCCGGGGCUCAGAUGCUGCUGGCCAACGGGCACCGCAUGCCAGUGCCCCCGGAUUUCUUUGUGCACCCCCAGACCGGGCGGGUGCUGCCCGUGGCCGGGAACGUGGGCUACUGUCCGGUGAGGUCAAGGCUCGUCUUCGUGGUGGACUCCUGUUCAGGUGAGGCUGACAAGUGGGAAACCCCCUUGCUCCCCUUCGUCCCCUAUCCUGUAUCCCGCCACACGGGGCUCCCCGUUAAGUGUCGACUGCAGGGGCUCCAGCCUGGCCAGGAAAUGGCUUUCGGGGGACCCAUGUGUGACCCCGACACGGGCCUCCUCGUGCCAAUCCUGGCGGUAACUAUCCACCCCGAGAGCGGGCUGGUGUACCCUCUGGGGGGUACGCACGCCUGCCCCCUUACCCUCCUGCCUCAGCCCAUACAGAUUGGAGGCGCCAUGCUGGACCGCAAGACAGGAAGCCUGCUGCUCAUCGUGGGCGUCGGCCUGGACCCCAAGUCCGGGGGUGUGAUUCCUGUGGGGGGGCUGCCGAGCCCUGCCGGCGGCCCCCUGCUCCUGGGCGACUCCUUCACCGAGCCCCUGAGUGGGCGGCCGGGGCAGGUGUGGGGGGCCAGCCUGCAGGGGGGCAAGCCGGUAGCCCACAGCGGGGGUUACCAGGCCCUGCUGGACUCCCACGCCCUGGCCUGCGGCCUGCGGGUCACCGAGCUGCUGAAGGAGGCCAGGGAGGCCCCGGGCGAGCAAGGCCUGGUCAUGUCGGCGGUGGGGGAGCUGGAGCGAGCCUGGGGCCGCAGUGACCACUGCCUGCUGCAGCUGCUCUGCGGCCUGGAAGGACAGCUGGCACGAGCCAGGGACUUCGGCGCUGACGGCGGCAGCCAAGGUUUGAUUAAGUUCCCUGGCACAGAGCUGACCCUGCCUGCUCUGGCUGGACUGGAGUACCUUGACCCAGGAGGCUCAGGAUUGCUGAUACCGGUCCUGGGGGCGCAGUGGGACUGGGACAGGGGGGUUCUGGUCCCCCUCGCUGGAACCAUGGAGGACGCGGAUGGCAAAGGGCUGGUUCCGAUCCGGAUCGGGGCCCGUACGGUGGACCCCAUAACUGGAAGAGUGGGGCCGGUGGUGGGAGCUCGGUUUGACGCUGUGAGGAGCACUGUGGUCCCCAUCACUCAGGCCUACAGCCAGCUGUUGAGAGGACACCCAGAUCUAGAGCUGGUCCACGAGCUGCAGAGGGAGGCCCGCGUCAGGAGGGAGUUCUGGAGGGCCCGGCGGCAGCAGGACGAGGAGCUGCUGAGGGGGGUGGCCUCAGCCCUGCGGCGCUGUUUCGGCGCGGCGGCCCGGGGGCACGUGGAGGAGGUCAGGCCCGCUCCAGCGCCCGGGGUGCAAACUCGCAAGGAGUCUGAGGGGGAAACACUUCCACUGACCACGGACCCCACCUCUGUCCCCGUGGGGUUGAACGGGGCUGUUUGCAUCUCUGUCGCCCUGCAGGCUCAGUGGCGGGACAGUGCCGGAGCCCUGCAGGGGGCAGCUCAGGAGCUCCAGGAGGCUGCCCUCGCGGAGGCCCACCGGAGGGCGCUGGAGAAGUCCGAGCUGUCCAGUGUGCUGCCGUCUGACGUCCUGCUGAUCCUGACUGAAGGCGACGAGGGUGAGUGGGAGCAGGAGCAAAGGGUACAGGCGGUGCUGGAGUCCCUGCUGGACAGAGUGAGCGUCAGUGUGGACAGACUGCAGCAGGAGCAGGACAGAAUGACAGCAGGGAAGGAGCUGCCUCACAAACUGGAGCACAGCAGGGCCUGGGCGCUGGGCGUGAGGGAGCAGUCGGAACGGUUGCUCGCAAGACAGGCCAGUCUGGAGGCGGCUGUUGGCAAACUGCACUGUCACCGGGAGUACUGCCAGCUCAGGGCAGCCACUGCAGAGGCUGUGCUGUCCGGCUCGUUCUGGUACGAAGACUACGGUGUCACUCGGAGGAGAGGCUGCAGGAGCCCGCGGAGAGCUGUCGAAAUGAGCCAGCGCCGAAUCAGGCCGCUGCUGGAGCAACUCCUCCACCUGCUUGAGGAGAACAAGCGCCUGCGUCUGUCCCCGGGCUCUCCCUCCAGGGCCGGCUCAGGGGGCUCGGCUGUGGUGUGGAAAGAUGGGGUGAGAGCUGCCCUGUGGGACUCUGAGGCCAUCUGUGACGAACCCUCUGCCCCGUGGCCUGGGGGUACCCCCUCCACGCUGCCUGAGGCACCCCAAGAACCCGGAGAGACUACAGUGCCAGGGAGGCCCCACAGUCAGUGUCGAAUCUGAGGGCGUUUUAAUCUGCGUGUUGUGCUGCACCUCAGGAGUCUCAGGAACAGGACGCUGGGGGAC